AGCAUUCGCAGCAGAUCAUGCCCCUCCCUACGGGUUAGUUUCCCUGGGAGUGGUGUCCAUGUGUAUACUGAUGGCAGCUGCUUUGUGUGUCAUCUGCAGGAAGCCAGGGAAAACUAAUGUCAGUGCAGGACCAGAGGGAGUUCAGGAAGUGCAGCCAGUCAAACAAAAGCCCAAAGUGUUGGUCAUCUACUCACAAGACCACCAUCUGUACAGGGACGUUGUGCUGAAACUCUGCACCUUCCUCCAGACAAAGUGUGGCACCAAGGUGCUGGUAGACCUGCUCGACUCCACCUCGGUGGGCAUGGUGGGUCGUCUGCGCUGGCUCGAGUGGCAGCGGCAGCAGCUGAAAGAUCCCUCGGACAAAAUUCUCGUGCUGUGCUCGCGAGGCGUCCAGGCGAAGUGGAAGGCCAUGUGCGGUCAGGGACGAGUGACGUUGAAGGAAGACCUCCUGUCGCCCACAGACGACAUGCUCACUCCUUUUCUCAACCUCUUUCUGCCAGAAAUGCACCAGGCAGGCACGCUGGGCAAGUACAUGGUAGCUUAUUUUGAUGACAUCAGCAGCGAAACAGACGUGCCGUCGGUUUUCGACAUUGCGGUGAAAUACAGGCUGAUGAAGCACUUCGAAGAGCUCUUCUUCCGCAUCUUAGACAUCGAGAAGUAUCAGCCAGGGCAGGUGAAGCACAUCGAGGGAAUCGGUGCAGACGAAUACUUCAACUGUCCC